AGGAUUUCGAGAUGGGAUCCUUAAUAAAAAUGUUCAAGCCGAGCAAAAAACACAAUAAUAAGGAGAAUAUGCCGGCAGUUUCCUUCGCUUCUGGAUCAUUAAAAUCGAAGAAAUCCGCGCUAAAUGAGUCGGUUUACGUUGGAGAGCCACAAAAAAUCGAUUUAAGGCUCAAAAGCCCGUAUCAAGUGAUCACAAAGCCGAAAACCACAAAAGGUCCAAUGUCAUGUCCAGGAGCACCGCUAGACGAUCGAAGUUUUAGGAGUAGUUCGCGGAAAAUUAAAGAUGAUUCUGUGCUAAAUCGUCGGUCAGAACUCGUUGAUCAGCAAGCUUAUCGAAAUAUGAUGGCUCGUCACGAAUAUGACAUGUCAAUGAGCCAACAGGACGAUUCUGACGAGGAAAAAGAGGAGCUUAAGACGAAAUAUCGGCUAAAAAAGGAAGAAGUCACGAUUUUAAAGUCAAAAAUCGAGAAGAUGAAGCUGAAAUGGCGUGAGGAGAAGAAUAUGAUGACGGAUACGAUCGAUGAUUUGGGAAAUGAGAAUUAUCAGAUUCGAAAAUCCCACGAUCGGCUCCGCCACAAGUACUCUGAGCUUAAAGCGAACAUUGAAGUGGAGAAAAAGAUGAAGACAGACGUGUUAAAGAUGCUUCAGGAGGCAAAUGAACGAAUUGAGCAGCUGGAAAAGACACGUGGCAACAGUCAUGACGACUCAUCACUACUAAUCCCCUCAUAUUCACUACAUGAUGCAUCUUCAGAAGGCGCCGGGGAAGCGCUGUGCUAUCCGGACUCGGGAGCGGCGGCUCAAAAUCCACAAAAUUCGAUGUUCAUGUCAAUUUUCUCGUCGAAUCUCGUGUUUUCCGCGCAAAAUUCCACUCAAAACGCGCAAAAUCCGAUGCCAAAAUCGCUGGAAGACGAUCUGGACGCACAGGAUGAGGUCCGUGUCUUCCGAAGCUCUGAAGAUCAAGAAAUCACUGAUCCAGAGGAUUUUGAAGAGGACGAAACUGAAGAACUCGAAAUUUCAUCAUCGCCGUUUGAGGUGGAAACAUCGAGAAGCAGCUCGCAGCAGCCCGGAGGAGAGGAUUCGACGAUUUUCGAGGGAAAUAUCCGGAAAAUUGGCGGCGGCAGAAGACACUCGGAUUCGGAUUUGUUUAAGGGGGGUCCCGACACGAUUAGUCUCACGCCGAGCGAUACUGUUCCAGUGGCACCGCAAAACGAGUAUGUGAGGCUGCAGAAAUACUCGAGAACGAAUUCAUGGCUUAAACGAAAUUCCAUCAAUCCAGACGAUGACGGUGGCUCAUCAGAUAGUUCGGAAGAGGAACGACUAAGCCUAAUCGAGAGACAAUUGAAGAAAAAGGGCGGUCUCGUCAAAUAUAAUCCGCCGAGAACGAAAAUUCACGAUAAACACUAUAAAAGAUUCGGCAAAAACGAGCGUUCGGCGUUGGCAGAAUUCGAAUAUCUUCAGGAUAUGUCUACAGACGUCUCGGGGCUCCAAUCAAGCCCUGAACUCGGACAAUUGAUGGGACAACUGCAGCAACAGAGGAUGUAGAGCUGAUUUUCAGUGGAAAAUUCUAAUUUUCUGUGAAAAAAAUCGAGUUUUUUGGGUAAAAAUUCAUAGAAAUCUGAAUUUUUCCCCCAAAAAUUGAAUUUUUAGUCAAUUUUUACCAUGUUUAACCCUAAUAAAUCCCCAUUUCCCC